AUGAAGGAACAAUGCAAGAAAUUGCGUGUGGGCCUCUUUGGCGACGUGGCAAGUCGUGAUGUGUCCUAUAUGGAGCGAGUGAACAACAUCAUCGAUACGACGGGAUGGAAGUCACAGCACAAGGCCCCAAACAUGCUCAAGACCUUCAUCAAGGUAGUGGCAUCAUGCAUCACACCAUUCGACGUACGCGAUCGAGUCAAGGAAAAGAUGAAGACAGUCCAAGCCAGUACCCUGCGAGGGCGCGACUGGGAUGAGAAGGGACAGCGAACUGGAAAGAACGAACAGUAUCAACGUGAAGCGUACUAUCAGAAUGGCAACGUCCCACGCCCGAAAGGCGGUUAUACCAAGCCAGCCCGGUGGAACGUGGACAUGACGGACCUCCUCGUGCUCAUGGAGCGACAGGAGGGCCGACGACGAACAAGUAUGGGACCCCAGCGGCAACGCGGCGUCCGUUUGAAGAUAGUUAACAGCCCAGAAAGCGAGCCAAGUAUGGCCCCGGCCAAGACAACCGUGGAGCGUUAUACUUCGUCUGCCAACAACCGGGACACCGGCAAGAAUGCGGUGAAGCGUUUCAAGUACAAGCAACGCAAGGCGGAAUUGAAGGCGAAGCGAGCGGUCAAAGCGGUCAAAGCCAAGAUAGCCGAAGAUGACCGCGAAUAG